AUAAAAUUCUAAAUUAAAGCCUAACAAGAUUAGAAUAGAAGGCAACCUGUGUGUGUGUGUCUCUCUCUCUCUCUCUCUCUCUCGGCGGAGAAGACGAUCCCAUGGCGGGGCUGGGUUCUGAGAAGCAAGAAGAAGACGAGCAGCCAUGGAAAGUCCUCGAAUUCUACAGUGGUAUUGGUGGCAUGAGGUACUCGCUAAUGAAGGCGGGUGUAAAUGCAAAAGUAGUGGAAGCUUUUGAUAUAAAUGACAAAGCAAAUGAUGUUUACCAACACAAUUUUGGUCACCGUCCCUAUCAGGGAAAUAUUCAGAGCCUGACUGCUGCUGAUCUCGACAGCUAUGGGGCACUUGCAUGGCUUCUUUCUCCUCCUUGCCAACCCUACACUCGACAAGGUCUCCAGAAGCACUCUGGUGAUGCUAGGGCAUUUUCUUUUCUCAAGAUUCUUGAACUUAUACCACAUACUUCUCAGCCUCCAAGUAUGUUAUUUGUGGAAAAUGUUGUUGGAUUUGAGAAAUCUGAUACUCACACAAAAUUGAUUGAGAUAUUGGAAAAGACAAACUUUGUUAUACAGGAGUUUAUUUUGAGUCCUUUGCAAUUUGGCGUCCCAUAUUCUAGGCCUCGUUAUUUUUGCCUGGCAAAAAGAAAACCUUCUUGUUUUCAAAAUCAUUUCCUGAAUAACAAGCUGCUUUGGUCUCCAAUCCCAUUAUUUGGGCAUGAUGAUACCACAGUGGCCAAUGAACAUGAUCAAUCACAAGAGAACUGGGAUAGAUUGCUUCAGUCAUGUGAGCCAGUACAGAAAUUUCUUGAAUUCAAAAAUCAUAGCAACCAAUCGGAUACCGAAUCUGGUUGUCUGGACACCACCCAUGUUUCUACUGAAGCUUUUGGAGAUCUUGAGAAAAAUGAUAAGGGGAAUGAGCUUGUUGGUAGCUCUUUAGACCAGUACUUUGUUCCAUUAAGCUUGAUAGAGCGGUGGGGAAGUGCUAUGGAUAUUGUUUAUCCUGAUUCAAAGCGUUGCUGUUGUUUUACUAAAAGUUAUUAUCGGUAUGUGAAGGGGACUGGCUCACUUUUGGCUACUGUCCAGCCAAAGAAGAAAGGCAAGUCAUCCCCAUUGAAGGAGCAGUGUCUUAGAUUUUUUACUCCUAGGGAGGUUGCUAAUCUACAUUCUUUUCCGGAAGAUUUUCACUUCCCGCAGCAGAUAAGCCUUAGACAACGGUAUGCAUUGUUGGGUAACAGUUUAAGUAUAGCAGUGGUUGCUCCCUUACUCCGAUAUCUAUUUGCCGAACCAUUAGUUCAACAGAUGCAGAUUUUUCCAUCCAAUGACGCAUAUACCCAUAACUAAUUUUCUAGAUAUGUGAUGUGAUUAACUUAAUAAUCAAAUGAUGCCACAACUUUGAAAUUAUUAGGACCUAGGUAGCAACCCAACUUUUAUCCCAUCCUUCUAUGGCAAUGACUUGGAGGGGAAGUCAGAAGCCUAUUACUGAUUCAAGAUAUUGCCAGCUUUGUAAGAGAAGGUAAACAAAUGUCGACAGGUUUUAAAUGCACUCUUUUAAAAUGCUCUAGAAGACGUGAUUCUGUUAAUGACAUGCAAAAGUAAAAUUCCUCAAGGCGUAAAAACCUCCCAAGGCACUAUUGUAUCAAUCCAAUAGUCUUUGUAUUGUUAA